AUGUGGGUUCCUCUCUGGGCUGGGAUCCCAUGUGACCGUGCAGCUUUGGGUAUCAUGAAACUUUCAUAGUCUCUGUGUGCUUUUGAUUUUAAGCUGGGGAUUGAAGCUAUAGUGACAGUAACAGUCCCCAGUGUUACUGCUGAUUUAUUAUGCAGGUGUUCUAAUACCACCAUUGUAGGUCAGUGUUCUAAUACCACCAUUGUAGGUCAACUACAAGGUCUUAAGAGUUAUACUUGAGUCCAGGAUAGGAAGCUGAGGCAGGAUUGAGAGUUCCAAGCUACAGGAAAACUGUUUGGUUGGGGUGUGCUGGAAUUUGACUGUGUGGUAGAGCUCUUGAGUGGCAUGUGUGAGUCCUUGCUAUGCUGUGGGUGGGCGAGAAGACAUGCCAUCCUGGGGUAACCCUUUCGUUGCUACCUUUCUCUGUUCCUGGCCUCCUGAGGGAGACAGGCUUUAGUUGCCAUGAGAGAGUUUGAGGAGGAUAGGCUUAAGGAGAAGGUGGAGAUAGAUGCUCGGGCCUUCAAGCAGCUUGUGUGGAAGGAACUAUUGUAAUAGGUACACCGUGUGUUGGGGUGGAUUGGUGUGGAUUCUGGGAAAGAAUGUGUUUCUUGCCUACUCUACAGGUAUCAGUACUGGUCAUGUGCCAUACAAGGGAGCUGGCCUUCCAGAUCAGCAAGGAAUAUGAGCGCUUCUCUAAGUACAUGCCCAGCGUUAAGGUAUCUGUGUUCUUUGGGGGCCUCUCCAUUAAGAAGGAUGAAGAUGUGUUGAAGAAGAACUGUCCCCAUGUUGUUGUGGGGACACCAGGCCGGAUCCUGGCACUCGUACGGAGCAGGAGCCUCAACCUAAGGAAUGUGAAACACUUUGUGCUAGAUGAGUGUGACAAGAUGCUGGAGCAGCUGGGCUCCCUUUCCCGAAGCAUGGCUCAAGGCGCACUGGCAGGGCCGCUCCAUGCUGGCAGCGAACAUGCGCCGGGACGUGCAAGAGAUCUUUCGCCUGACACCCCAUGAAAAGCAGUGCAUGAUGUUUAGCGCCACCCUGAGCAAGGAGAUCCGGCCAGUCUGCAGGAAGUUCAUGCAGGAUCCCAUGGAGGUGUUUGUGGAUGACGAGACCAAGCUCACACUGCACGGGCUACAGCAGUACUAUGUCAAGCUCAAGGACAGUGAGAAGAACCGGAAGCUCUUCGACCUCCUUGACGUCCUAGAGUUUAACCAGGUGGUGAUCUUUGUCAAGUCUGUGCAACGCUGCAUGGCUCUGGCCCAGCUCUUAGUGGAACAGAACUUCCCAGCCAUUGCCAUUCACCGAGGCAUGCCCCAGGAGGAGCGCCUAUCCCGCUACCAGCAGUUCAAGGACUUCCAGCGGCGCAUCCUGGUAGCUACCAAUCUGUUUGGUAGAGGUAUGGACAUUGAGCGAGUGAACAUCGUCUUCAACUAUGACAUGCCAGAGGACUCAGACACCUACCUUCACCGGGUGGCUCGUGCUGGUCGCUUUGGUACUAAAGGCCUGGCGGUCACUUUUGUAUCUGAUGAGAAUGAUGCCAAAAUCCUCAAUGAUGUUCAGGACCGGUUUGAAGUGAAUGUGGCAGAGCUUCCAGAAGAAAUAGAUAUCUCUACAUACAUUGAGCAGAGCCGAUAACCGUAUGUGGAAGCAAGACACCAACCACGGCCACCCUCUUUCCCACCUGCUGCUUCAGAUCCUUUUCCUAGAUAAUAGAUGGGUGUAUCUUUUUAUUGUUCCAAAGCUGUAGUAUGUAAGAAUAAAGUUUUAUUGUGGAUGCCUGGC